AAAAUUUACAAGGCGAAUUAAAAAAUCUCCAUUUGAGAUAAAAGGAGAAAAAUUAAAUUAUCAAAAUAAUCAAUCACAAACAAUUUUACCAUUUGACAAUGGUAAAAUUCGAAUAAAAUAUAUUUUUCAUGAUGAAAAAAUGGAAUUAAAUAAAAAAAAUCGUGACAUUAGAGAGAAUAAAAAUAAUAUUAAAGAAAUUAAUGAAAAUUGCGAUAAUUGUAUAUGCAAUAUAAAUCAAGUAAUAUUGUAUUUAUCAAAUAUAAUGAGAAAUCGAAGUGAUAUACUUGAUAAAAUUGAAAAUUAUAAAUGUCAUUUAUUUAUUGAUAUUGGUAAUGAAAUUUUUUUGACUGAUAAUAGUCAAAUUGAUGUUAUUCAGGGACACAUUAGACGAAAUUUAGAUGAAUCACAUGGAUUAAAAUAUAUUGAUUCAGAAAAUGUUGAGGAUACAUUGAAACAAGGAAUUAUGUCAAACAAUGAUUAUGAAAUAUUUUCACUUCCGGGUUAUAAUUUAAAUAUGCCAUGUAAUCAUGAGGGAGAGGAUUUUUUAUGGAUGAUGAGUAUAAGUAAACCAAAUUAUACUUGGACUAGAGAAGAUAAUUUUCCAAUUACAGGUGUUGUGAGAAAAAAUGGAAAUCUUGAAUUGUUCGAUAUCGAUACAAAAGAUUCGGGAAAUUAUUUCUGUUAUGUUACUUACAUUGAUCCUGAAAAUGAAGAAAUAAUUAGAAAUAUUUAUAAACACAAUCUUCAGGUCGUAACAUUGCCAAGAUAUGCUCUACGCGGUGGAAAUCAAUACAAAUUGAAUAUUUGUGACGAUGAUGAAAUUGAAGAUAUUACAAAGUAUUUACCAAAAAAACUCAAUGAAAUUCUCUGUAAAAAUGAUAUUUGUGAAACUUAUAUUUUUCCACCCCAGUGUCAUCGUAAGCGAAUCGCCAUAAACAUUCUCGUCGUUCCUUCGAACAUUGCAAAGUUGGUGCCAGUUGGUCUCAAUCUUUGUGGGAUUCGUUGUCGCAAAGCAUUUCAGGAUAAAAUUACAUUUUUAUUAAGCAAAAAUAUUCGGGCAAUUCUUCGACGAUCGAUUGUUUUUAGGCUUCCACAUCAUCGUGAAACAUUGGUGCCAAUUGAUUUAUCAAUUAAUAAACGUCGAUGUAAAAGAUGUCGUAGUAAAAAAAAUAAUAAUUUCAAAAAUAUUGCUAACGUUGGUCUUCUCAUUGGUUGUCCUGCUGGUUUCAAUUUUAAAAAUACUCACUGUCUUCCGUGCCUCGCUGGUUUUUAUAGCGAGGAUGGAUCAUCGCAUUGCAAAAAAUGUCCUCUGGGAACUCAUCAACCAAAUACCGGAGCUAGGACCUGUCAAGCUUGCACUAAUCCCUUCGUAGAAGGAUGUCAUGAAAUGAUUUUAAAUUUAUCAACAAUCAUUAUUAUUCUAGUAAUUAUUUUUAUAAUUGUCAUUAUUUGCUCAAUUGUUUUGUGCUCGUUUACAAGACGUUCAAAUAAACGAAAAAUAAAAGAAUAUUCACGUUACCCUGAAAUUGAAAUCAAGGAGAAUUCAGAUAAAAAACCAUUGUUGAAAUUGAAAAAGAAACGUACUCCAAAUAGUAAUCGUGAAAUAAAUAUAAAUCGUCUCGAGAUUAAAAAGAAAAAUGUUAAAGAUCAUUUUGAUAGAAAAGCAGAUAAAAAUGGCUACGUACUUGUCUCACGUGUUGAUUCUUAUAAUUCUCAUCAAUGUGAUUAUGAAAAUCGUUCGCCAAAGAAGUUGUCCCGUUUUAAACCUCCCGUUCCUGAACCAGAUUUUGAUAGAUGAUUAUCACAAAUAAUAAGAGAGAAGAGAGAGAGAGAUUACGAAAGCAUUAAAGUUUUAGAAGACAAUUAAAGCAGAAUCAGAUUACACGACCCGGCAAUUUGUACACUAACUUUAGUUUUGGAUUUUGUUUUUUUUUUUAAAUAUAUAUAUAAGUCCAAUGAAUAUACGUACCGUAAUAUACAAUAGUUAAUUUUAAGAUUAAUUUUAUAGUACAUUAAUUAUUGUAUAUAUCGACUCGAUAUUCGUUCGAGGUAAUUGUCAUAAUAAAAAGAAAAAUGUUUUAUUAAAAAAUUAAUUUUUAUUUACUUUCGAUUAAUAACAAAAAAAAAGAUAAAUUUUUUUCAAAUUAAUUAAUUAAUUUCAAAUUAAUAAUUUAAUAUAGUAUUCUAAUUUUUAAACUAAAAAAAUGUCAAAUAUAAAGCUCUGUUGUUUUUUUUCCAUCAUCGUCAGGAAUAAAUUUAUAAAUUUCUUUAUUUUUAAUUUUCUCUGAUGUAUUUUCAGCAAUGUGAUUCAAUUUUUUCACUUGAAAAUGAAUCAUAAAAAAGGGAAUAUAAAAUGCACUGCAGAAAAAGAGAAUGAAUUUAAACGUGAGUUGAUUUUUUUUAAAGAUGUUAAACGG